UACUGGAUCAAUGAGUUCACCAGCUCUCUGGGCAUAGGAGUCUUUCACUCAGGGAUUGAGAUCUAUGGAAGAGAGUUUGCCUAUGGCGGACACCCGUACCCAUUCUCAGGGAUCUUUGAGAUCACGCCAGGUGAUGCAACUGAACUCGGCGAGACCUUUAAGUUCAAAGAAGCCAUAGUCCUGGGCAGCACAGACUUCACAGAGGAGGAUGUGGAGCGGAUCGUGGAGGAGAUGGGGAAGGAGUACAAAGGCAACGCCUACCACCUCAUGCACAAGAACUGCAACCAUUUCUCCUCAGCGCUGUCAGAGAUCCUGUGCGGCAGGGAGAUCCCUCGCUGGGUCAACCGGCUGGCCUACUUCAGCUCCUGCGUGCCAUUCCUCCAGAGCUGCCUGCCCAAAGAGUGGCUGACCCCCGCGGCCUUACAGUCCAGCGUGAGCCAGGAGCUGCACGGAGGAGGAGAGCUGGAGGAGGCCGAGGACGCCGCCGCCACAGCCUCCCUGGCCUCCAUGUCGCCCUGCUCACCUUCGUCCUCCUCCAGCCCCACCUCGUCUUUGCCUCGUCACUCUCGCCACCACCAGCCCCGCCGGUAGAGGCUGCUUGCAAGGUCUGCUGGGAACCUUUGUGGGCUGGACUUGUUGUUGCAGAGACGGUCAGGUGACAGAGAACCUGCAGCAGGUCCAAGCUGCAGCCAAAAGUCCUGUCAGACUGUCCUGGAGCACGACGCUGAGCCUGCUCUGGGUGAGAACGUCGGCCAAACCUCGACAACGAGGAAGGGUUUUUCCUCCCAGAAAGGAAAAGGAGCUCUUGCUGCUGACAAAGGCAGGAAACUUACUUUCAUCUCUCCCAUCUGGAGCGAAAUCCAAACUAUUUCCCCUCAAGCCUCUUUCACUAACUUACCUGCCAAACUUCUGGGUGUUUGUCCAGCGGCGUUCUUUAAGAUUUACCAGCCACGUCCAGAUGUUACCAGCGCUUAGUUCAUAUUUGGUGCCUGUUGAAGUGGAAGCCAGAGAGAGGGGAUCCUGAAAAAAGAUGCACAAGUUUGGGUCAGUUGACAGGAAGAAAGAUUGUUUUUUAUCCGGCACAAAUCAGGGUAUGUUUCUGUUUUCUUUUCAGAAGUGUUUGGAGAACGUGUGAGGCUUUGACGCUACCGCUUGUUGCCGAUUUUCAGUCAGGUGAAGCUGAUUCAGGUCGAGCUGUUGUGGAUGUUCGGCCGGUUAGCAGGUGCCUGGUUUACCGUCCCUCUCCCUCCUUCGACCUUUAGCUCUAACAGCCACAAUCAAAACACACAUUGGAGCUAAACAUGUUCUGAAAAUUACUGCAUUUGCUUUGUGUUUGUAGUGAGUCAUGAAGGCAGGCAAGCAACGGAUGUAAAGUGGAGCGUCAGAGCGAGAUGGGGUAAUCGUUGGUUCACAUGAAUGGUGGCAGAAAUAGCUGAGCGGAGACUGAAGAAAGCCGAGAGCUAAAGAAAGAGAAGUUCUUCUUCCCCCUCGCUUUAGCUGGAAGAGUGCGGUGUGAGGGGAUUUCCGAGGUGACGAGGACACAUGAGAAAAGGUUGUUCAGUUGCACAAAUCGAUUCCUUAUUUCCUUUUUUACAUCAUACUGCUUAUCUUUACGUCUCCAGGCCUCUAAAGUUCAAAUGAAACCCGUUGAAAGGUUAAAAAAAAUCCCUGUUUCAGUGCAAUUUGUUGAAAAGCUCAUAAUUUACACGAUGACAGACGGCGUUUACUGUCGCGUCGAACAUCCACGUAGUCUGAGAACUGAAUCCUGCACAGAAACCAGAGGAAGCCUGACCUCUGCAUCCCCAUCCUGGUUUUAAACGCACACAGUUCUGGCGCUGGUAUCACUUGGCGUGCGGCUGGUAAAUGUUUGAGCCGGACGUCUGGCUGCUGAAACCCAGAGAGCAGCGGCUGGAUUUAGGAAUCCAUACACUUUGCCUCAAAAUGCUGUGAGCGCAUCAGGACCUCAGACUCUUUUAUUUUUCUAUCACAGCAGGCUGGAAGUCGACUACAAUCAGCCUCAUGAUCGUCGAUCCAUACGAGACGCCCUGGAUGGGUUCGGUUGCGGGUAACCUCCAAGUCCCACUUUGAUGUCAAACCUGUAGCAGCUGUUCGAGUCCUCCCUCCCGUCAUGGAAUCACAGAUUUGAUGAAACCAAAUGAUUUCUCAGCCUUUAGUCUAAUGAUCAUGAAGUAGCAGCAGCAGUUUCCAGUAUCGUUAAAUGUUCCGAUGUGUUCUGGUUUAGCGCAGGCAGUGACUUCAGCCCUUCUCAGACACGAAACGUUCUGUUGAAGUGACGGCGUUCAGACAGAAGGUCGCUUAACUUUCCUCACAUCCAGAGAUAAUUAUUAUUGAGUAAUUAAUGGAGUUAUCGCACAAAUGCGCAUCAGUUUGGCGACGCUGGUGUGGAUUAGGGAUCGACCGAUGCUGGUUUUUCAGGGCAAAUGCCGAUUAUUGGUCAUGAAGGAAGAACAUUAACCGAUAUUUUGAGCUGAUGUGAGGGGUUGUAUUUGACAGCAUUCGAUAGCAGCAAACAUGGCGUUCAAUUAAGGCAGCUUCUAGCAACUGGAGCGAUGGCUGUGACGUUCUCUGUUCACUGAUGGGUCCAUCGAUUGAGAUUGUGUGUCAUAGAGUUCCUAAUCUUUCUCUCUUCCAUCACUUUUAUUGCCCAUGAGAGUACCUAACCUAAAGCAUUUUCAAUUACUCUUUUACAGAUACUGUUCUGGGGUAAUCUGUGCCCCCCUAACUUAGCCGCUAGCGUAGCCUGAGCCACUGUGAAAGCUGUUGGUUUCCUUGUCUGCAGCAGUGGUUCAGGGUUCUUGUUCGGUUUUGGCAGGUUGUGUUUCUGGUAGAGAAACCGCAGAGUAACUACAGAAAGAGAGAAGCAGCUGCAUCCGACCCAAAGUAGAGGAGGUGAUAAUCGGUUAAUAGGAAUAAUGAUAAUCAGAGACGUAUCGGCCCAGAUAGAAGGUCGAUAAUCGGUCAGUCCUUAAUCCUGCUGCUGCCUCACGCUGCAGGAAAAACUCCUAAAACAGCUGAAAGCAACAAACUGCUGUUGAUGUGAACAGUGAGUCUCAUUAAGUAAGUUUUAUUUUAAUGGACAUUUCAGUUUGUAGUUGAUGUGAAAUUCUAGGGCAACGUUAACGAGCGGUUUUGGCUCUUUGUUUUGAUUUUUAGACCAAUAUUGGUGCUGAAAUGUGGACAAAGCCUUCCCCUAAGUUGACUCAGAGUAUCUUGUGCGUCCCUGUUUGUUGAUGGUAGUGGUGAAAGCGAUCUGUAAAGGUUACCACGUAGUAAGAGUUUAACUUCUUUAACACGUUCAGAUGCCGUCAGAUUAACAGAAAAGCAGCGCGUGUCUGAAAGGGGCUUUGGAGAUUAGACGUUUCUUUCUCAGUAGCAGCUGCCGAGGUGCCUUUUGAGCAAGGCGCUGAACCCACAGGUGUUCCAGUGACCAGCAGUAGACGGCUGUGGUCGGACUGGACGGAUCCCCGCUGAUGUCAGUCGGUGUAUGAAGUAGAGUCACUUUCCUCACAUCUGUGUCCGGUUCGGGACGACGCACGUUGGUGUCGAUUCGGGUCAUUUUGAAACUUGACACUGAAACCAUCAUUUGCUCAGACAAGUCUUUUCUAGUAUUUCCACCAGAAGAUGCUGCUUUUCCUACACGACGAGCGCCUCGUUUCAAACUCUACACAUGCUGUUAACGACAACACGAGUGCUGUACAAUGUGUCCUGUCCCCAGCGAGAGCCACGGAUGUGUUGGAAAGAUUUAAUGAUGGAAGUCUGAGGACGGUCGAAUCUAAAAAAAAAAAAAAAAAAAAAAGUCUUGUUUAUGUUUUUUAAAUCCUUAUUGUAUUUCUAUGAUAUAAAGACUCUCUGGCCUUUU